AUCUUAUUCCCCCUUGCCCCUGCCGCGGGUAAAAGGCAACGGAGGCAGCUGCUCCCGCCCUGUUCCCGCGCCUCUGCAUAAAUAGUCGGUUACGAAUAUAACCAACAUGUGUGAGAUACAAAAUUUAGAACAGUAUACACAAAAAUAUUGUGUUGUGUGAAUCCCCAGAAGAGAAGAAAAUUCGUUCAUCCGGUCUAUUAACUCUGAUGAUGAUAUGUCAACCAGAACGAACUUAUUAUAAAAAGCAAUAAAGCGGAAGAUUUUACUUAUGAGCAGCUUAAUAAACAUAAUGAUGCGCUGUGUCAUGCACAUAUAAACUUUGGUUUAAGUCUGCAAUCUGCAUGAUCAAAAGAUAGAAUAAAAAACUAGUUUAGACGGAUUCAAAAGUAUAUAGAUAUAUUGGUUCGUGGGAUAUAUAAAAAUAUGGGUUCCGGCAAAUAAGAAAAGGCUGAACAGAAAAACUGAAAGAAGCGACUAAGUUGGCGAAGCAUAAAUAAAAUAUGCAGGCCUACUAUGCUUGGUUAAUAUUUGGAUGUAUAAUUCUCGCGGUCAUCAUUAUGGUGUCCUUGUUAUGCUUACGAUUUAUGAAUGGAAUUUUGGACUGGGGAGAUAAACAGGGAGACUACGCGACUCAUAUUCUCAAUGGAAAUUAUCGGAGAGUUGACACUGAAGCUGGUACAGGUGAGAAGCCCAAACAUCCACACGGAGCUAUCACUAUUCACACAAUUCAACCGUACGGGGAAAUAAUGAGAGAAGAAGAGAGUGACGUGCCUUAUACUGAAGAUAGUGACAUGGAAAUUGAGUAUAUUUACCCGAUACAGAGAUUACUAAACAGCAAGGAGAAUCUUGGGAAGUUAUACUAUUCAUUAAAAAUUCUCCCCAGUUCCAAACUUGUUAUAAAUCUCCUAAGAGCAGAUGAACUACCUGAGGCAAAGAACGACUAUCCAAGAGUUUAUGUCACAAUCAGUCUCUUACACAAUAAUAACAUUACCAACACAAACCAAGAAUUAAAAUCCAAAGUUCAACAAGGAACAUAUUCUCCUCAUUUUAACGAGAGAUUCGAGUUUGAUAUAAAAAAAUUAAACGUUGAUGAGAUGUUAUUUCUACGAUUAGUUGUCUGGUAUGUGGAUAGUUUUUCACAAGGCGAAUGUCUUGGUAUGGUGGAGCAUAAUCUGGACAAAUUGACGGUGUCAGAAGAAGGCACUAAUGAACAAACAAUUGUUUGUAAAGAUAUCCAACGAAUAGCACGGGACUUUCAAGAUGAAAACGGCGUGUACGGUCACUACGGAGCUGUAUUAUUUUCACUCACUUAUGCACAAACAACCAAACUACUGACAGUUGUCUUAUUCAAAGCACAGAAUCUCAACCUCAUUUCAGAUGACAAUCAAGGUAUUUACGCAGAGGUUACAAUAAUUUACGUGAAAAAGAACAGACGAAAACGGAAAGUGACGCAAUCUAUGCCUGGUACGAACAAUCCAGUUUACAACGAAGCUAUUUUGUUUGAUCUCAGCGACCUUGAAACUCAAGAUAUGAAACUUCAGAUAACUUUAAAGCAGAAACGGACUGAUAAACCUGAUAUAGCGCUAGGACGAGUCCUCCUGGGCAGCGAUGUUUAUAACAGUGACGCAAAACUUCAUUGGAAUAGCGCAAUGAACGCAAAUAGGGCAGUUGCAGAGUGGCACAAUUUACGACAAUGUCAGUCUUACAAUUACAAUAACAGGCGACGACUCCGCAAUCGGUUGAGCUGUAGUGAAAAUGAAGUGCCAACUGACUCUAGUUCUUCUGAUGAUUAAUCAUCCAAGCAUUCUCAAUAAUAAAUGCCUGCCUGCAUGCGUAAAAGUGUGGAGACAAUCGCUAAUUGCAUGAAUGAUCAUGAUUGCCAAUUUCAAUAAUUGCGCUUUUUAGAAUGUGAUUGCGCAUGUCCAGUUUUCAAUAAACAAACUUUUAGAAACAAUUUAACAGGAUUUGAAAGAAUUUUUGAAAGUGAUCUCC